AUGUAUUCGUACGAUUCUCCCCUUUGUAUUUGUCUGGUGUGCGCGAGAGGUAAAAACCAUUGGCUACAAUUAUCCCUAAGUUUAUCGGGUAAACGUGGCGAUUUUUGUCGUUGAUCGUUCGGCGUCUUGAUUAAAACCGGCAAGAAAUUGCCAUUAUAGAUGCCUGACAGACGGUGUCCUGUGCUGCUUUCAUUCGAGGUUCCACGCGCGCGUGCCCCCUGGUCUGGUCUGUACAUUUCGUGUCCCCCUCGUCGGUCCAAUUCGUAAUGUUCGUAGACGUCGAGGGCACUGGGCGAUGUCCUUUUUGUAGACAAUCUUCAGGGUUUAAUUAAGGAACUUGGGCAAGCGGAUAAACUCGAUGAAUGGGGGCAAGCGAGUCGGCAUCGCGAGGGUGCGACAGACGAAGAAGGCCGGAGCAGAGUCUCGCUGGCUCGUUGA